CACGGUUACAGAAAACUAAUACACACAGAGUGAAAUCGCAAGCGAUAAUGUUUCGUCUAAGCAACACCUUGCUCGGAAUCCUCAACGUCGUGACCUUCGUCCUCUCGAUUCCGAUCAUAUGGGCCGGAGUGUGGUUGAAACACAGAGGAGACACCGUCUGCGAGCGCUUCCUUGAUACACCUGUGAUUGUGCUCGGUGUCUUCAUUAUGGUGGUCUCCAUCGCUGGUCUAGUCGGCGCUUGGUGCAAGAACUCCUGUCUCCUCUGGAUCUACCUUGUGGUUAUGUUUUUGCUCAUUAUUGUGCUCUUCUGCUUCACCAUAUUUGCUUUCGUUGUCACUAACAAAGGCGCUGGUGAGGCCCUCUCUGGAAGGGGCUACAAGGAGUACCGCCUCGGGGACUACUCGAAUUGGCUGCAGAAGAGAGUCCUGAGCACCAAGAAUUGGAACAAAAUCAAGAGUUGCUUGCACGAUAGCAAAGUCUGCUCCAAGUUUAAUGAUACCUUUAUCAAUGAUAAGGUCGAGGAGUUCUAUCUAGAGCACUUAUCUGCUAUUCAGUCUGGUUGCUGUAAGCCAUCAAAUGAUUGUGGCUUUACCUAUGUCAACCCAACUACUUGGACCAAGACAAACACAAAUUCCACAAACUCUGACUGCAAUGCUUGGGAGAAUAAUCCAGAUGUUUUAUGCUACAGCUGCAAUUCAUGCAAGGCUGGACUCCUAGAUACCCUCAAGAGAGACUGGAAGAAGGUUGCUGUUAUCAACAUCGUAUUUCUUAUCUUCCUCAUCAUCGUAUACUCGGUCGGAUGCUGUGCAUUUAGAAACAACAGAAGGGACAAUAACUAUCACCCUGGAUGGGGAAAAGCUUGAGCUUGUUUCAGAGUGGUGAGAAAUAACAGCUUUUAGUAUUAGUUAGGCGGGUUCCUCAUAUUUUCUGCACUUCUAUGUUAUAGUGGCUAUUUUCACUCUGUGUAUAGCUACCAUGUUUAUUUUUCAUUAUUUUGAAACCUAUUGGAUAUGUAGACCAUGUUUAUAUACUUAUUAUCAGUAUCAUUUUCACGAUUUUGUUGAUUACCAAUUUACCAUAUAGUUCUGGCA